AUGUCAUUUCAAGGAAUUGAUGGAGUGCUUAAGAUUGAUGAAAGAGUUGUGACAUUUAUUAAUGAUAGUCCAGCCAGAGGAACUGUACGAUAUAUUGGUGAGGAGAGGGAUUCAACUGGAAAUGUUUACAUAAUUGUAGGAUUAGAACUGGUAAGUUCAUUAACAUGCUUGUUUAACCAACUGUGACUGAGCCUUGAAGUGUUAUCCAACUAUCAGAAGAGAUUAAACUGAAUAAUUAUGUUUCAUUUUCCCUUUGCAUUCUCACACAUGAAAAUGGGUCUAGCAUUUCUGCAAAGAAGAAAUAAAAGAAAGAAAAAAAUGAUUGUUAGGUGUAGCCUGAGUUUAGUAAAAGCAAAGAUGUCUGAUCUGUUUUCCUAUCGAAAUGUGAGAAUGAGAAUUUAGUUAACUAUGGAAUUGUGGUCACUUUUUAAAUUUAUUAGAAAAGUAGAUUUGAAGGACUAGUAAGGAAACAUUUCAGGAAGAUAACUUAUUCCAGUAUUAACAGGAGUGAAUUGCACUUGCUAUUACAGUAUUCAUUGAGGUUCGAUGUUUUGUUUGGUUUUAUCUGACUUUGAAAAAGAUCAAGCAAAGACAUGAUUUAAACUUAAGGAAUUUCUGCCAAACCAGUUACCAAGUGAAAGUUUUUCCUAAACAUGCAUUAGCACAAUUAUGUUUUGAUCAUCCUGGGUUAGACCAGUGGCUGGGGUGCACCACCCUCCCAGCCUUGUCCAUAUGAUAGUCUGCUGGUAUCUUAUCAAUUGUUAGCAAAAAUAAGCUACAUUGGUGUCAUGUUUGGUCUCAUCACACAACAUUCUCUCUCCCCUGUCAGCUUGUGCAUCAGUGAUAAACAGAGUUGACAAAUAUGCAAAAUUUUUAUUUUACAUUCUGAAGGCAUGAUUUAGAAGAAACUGACUGGGACAUAGCUGGUUUUUCUUGGAAUAUAUUUUAAGUGUUACUUCUUUAAUAUUAGGUCCAGUUUUGUUUUGUUUUGUUGUUUUAGAUAUUUUAACUGAACUUAAUGAAACUAAAAGUGCUCAUACAGGCUGAGCAAUAGAGCUUAAACUGGUUGUAAGAAAAAGACCUACACUGUAAACUUCAAAUUGGGAAUGUGGUGUUUUAAAAGUUGUUGUGUCCAUCUGUCACAUUUUUAUUUAGGAUGAAAGAAUGGGAUCUGGUUGUGGUGAAAGAUCUGGCUCUAUAAAGUUUGUUUGUAAGAGGGAUUAUGGAGCAUUUGUACCAUUGAAAAAUGUCAUACCAGAAAAGGACUUUGAUGGUAAUCCUGGAAAAGCUGCAAAACAAGAAGCUUGUGGAAAGUGGGAGGAAAUUCAUGAAGAUGAAUUGUAUACGAGGUCAAUGAGCUGUGUUAAUGUACCAUCAGGCAGACAAAUAAUUUGAACAUUGGACAUUUUGAAACACUGAAGCUUUAGUCGUAUGGUGAUGUGGUGUCCCAGAGUGCAUUUUUUUCCUGAAAUUUUUAGGUCUUUUGCAGGUAGUUUGCCUUAACGGGCAUGUUGUUUUGUAUGGCCUUAAUCUUUGUUGUUGUUGUGUGAGAUGCAGAGCUGAAAAAGUGUUGCAAAUUCCUUUUUUCUUUCCAAGGAGAUCAUUGAUCUGUGUGGGGACGUGUAAGGUACAAAAUUUCUAGAAAAACCUCUUAUUUCCAAUUCGUGGGUUCGUGUAGACUUCCGUGAUAAGUUUUAUAUAUCUUCUGUUUCAUCCCUUUGCACAACCUUGAUUUUUUUUUAGUUACAGAGACUCGAAUAUAUUCAGGUCUUAACGAUGAAUCAUGCUGAGAUUUUAAAGAUGAAAACAUUUAAAGACAAGCAUGGGAAUCUGUUUUCCUCUUUUCUUUUAUACGUCCCUUUAACGACUUAAAAUGAAAAAUGAACAUUUAAAGAAUUUUUUUACUAUAUUGUUUCCUUUUCUUGAGAUACUCGUAAUGAAUCUGCCAAAAAACUAAGACAAACUAAUUCCUUGAAUUCUUCUGGAGUAGAAGCAAUCAUAAUCUGUGAACCGAUUCCCCUUUCACUCAAUUCCCAUAAGCUUAAAGCAUUUAAAUGUUUAGACUUAAAAAAAGAAGUCUAUUCAAUUGGAGUAUCAGUUUUACCUUGAACAUUUUAAAACACUGAGGCUUUAGAUGCAUGGUGACAUGUCCUAAAGUGCAUUUUUUUCUGAAUUCUCAGGUCUUUUGCUGGUAGAAUUAUUUGUAUGAAUGGUGUGCGACGGAUUAAUUGUCAGCCAAUUUGUGAAAUUGGAAUGCAUCCAGGGGUACUCCUGUCAUUGUAGUGUAUAGAACAUAGCUUAAAGCAUUGAUGUGAGGAAAACAGUGGAUUCAUUAUGUAUCUUUAACUUAGGUGCUAGUACGGAAUCUGUCAGAAAACUAAGAAGAACAAAUUCAAUGAGCUCAGCUGAAACUAAACUCAUAAUGGCUGCUGGAGAAUCCAGCGAAACCGAUCUACAGGAGUUUAUAGAGAAACAACGUCAGAUACUCAGGGAGUUUGAGUUUAAAAACCUGCCUGACAAUCAAGGUAAAGAUGUCAUCAUACACGAUGAAGAAAGGACAGACAGU